GUUUCACUCCUGGAGUACCGACUUGGAGAGACAUCUUUCAGUGAAAACACUCUCUGUACGUCCGUCUACCUGACCUGAAAAAGAGCGGCGUGCCAUGUCUCUGCCACGCACACUUGGGGAGUUGCAGCUCUAUCGGGUACUGCAGAGGGCCAACCUGCUGGCCUAUUAUGAAACCUUCAUCCAGCAGGGUGGUGACGACGUGCAGCAGCUCUGUGAGGCAGCAGAGGAGGAGUUUCUGGAGAUCAUGGCACUAGUUGGCAUGGCCACCAAGCCGCUGCAUGUGCGUAGGCUCCAGAAGGCCCUCCGAGACUGGGCGGCGAACCCUGCCCUCUUCAGCCAGCCCGUCUCCAACGUUCCUCUCGGGGGUAUCCCGCUGUUCAAAGUGGACGGGACGGGCGGUGGCGGAUCAGCAGGCGGGCCCAGGAAGUCUGUGAGCAACGGGCAGCCGGGGUCACCGUGUGAAAGGGAAGAUCGGGCGUGUCUCACUCCAAUGCACAGUGGGAGUCCGAGAAGCCCUUGCUCCCAGGCUUCCCCACAGCCACCAGACACACACUACAGGGAAAAACUGUCUCCCAUGGACCCACACUGGCUCAGCCCAGAUCCUGAUGGGAACUGCACUUUGGCAUCGGCAUCUGGACUAGAGGAGGAGCCGCCCAGCCCGCCUAUGCUGUCAACGUAUCCUCCAGGGCCCUCCACGUCUCCCAGCCCCUCCGGUUCAUUUGCCCCGUCCGCCCUCUCAGCCUGGCCCGGAGGACAGCUGGAUGGGGAGACGGCAAGGGCAGUGGUGGAGAGCGUGGAUAGGCUCCUCAGGACCCUACCCAGGUCAGAUCCUGCAGAGGUGAAGACUCUUCUUAGGAUGAACAAGAAGAUGGCAAAGACUGUGGGACACAUCUUCAAAAUGGAGUCCCAGGAUGUUAACAAAGAAGAGGAGAUCCGGAAGUACAGUCUCAUUUAUGGGCGGUUUGACUCCAAGAGGAGAGAGGGGAAGCAGCUCACACAUCAUGAGUUGAUCAUCAAUGAAGCUGCAGCCCAGUUCUGUAUGCGCGACAAUGCCCUUUUGCUGAGACGGGUGGAGCUCUUUUCUUUGGCUCGGCAGGUUGCAAGAAAAUGUGCCUACACCUCCACACUAAAGCAUGCAAGAACAAAUGCAGAUGAGAACAGUGUUGUGUCCCAGAAGAGAGCGAGACAUGAGGUAAUCGGGCCUGAGAGUGUGUCGUUGGUUCUCGGAGUUGAGGGCUCGGAGGGCUUGACCCAGAGGGCAGACGAUGACAGCUUAUCUGCAGAGAGCCUCGACAGUGUGUCUCAUGACAUCGGCUCACAGUGCAACCAGUCUCCAUCCCCCCGUCCCCACACCGACACGUCCAACCCUGCCAACUGGAGUCGCCAUCUCAUACAGCAAACACUAAUGGAUGAAGGGCUGCGAUUGGCUCGGAUGGUGUCACAUGAUCGGGCUGGCAAGAUCAGCCUAGGGUCAGAAAGAACACACUCUACAGAACAUGACAGUAAAGUGGAGAGGCGGAGCUUGAUAACAGCAUGCAGGAGCAGCAGCCCUUGCAUCAUCAAAGACGACUCUAAUCACCGUGGGAAAUGAAAACGCUCAGCUUUCGUCAGGGAACUUGUCCUCAGGCCGGCCGCUGAACUCCACUCAGAGUCUGCUGUACUGGCUGCUACAUACGCCCACGUCUGAUGAGGAGAAGACUCUUAUCGACUCCAAAAUGAAUAUAGUAAUUGUCCGAAUUUACCAGCGACUGAUCCCAUAAACCUGCAGUGAUUCCUAAACUUUUUUGAUCAAAAAUGUUCUGUUUAGUGGAUACACUUUUUGUUUAUUUUCCUUUUAAACAUAUGGACUAGAUGUCCUGCAGAUUUUAGCUGAUAGUUGAAGAAUUUACUGAUUUUAUCAGGAAGAACCUGAUAUUUUAUCAAGUUAGACAGUUUAUUUAUAGUUCCGUUUGUUGACAUGCCAACUGUUUCAGAUGGGCUCGACACAGCAGGGGGCACUGCAACUUAAAAAAUGACAACUUACUCCAGUAACAUACUGUAGUUAUGUCAAGGAAACUUGAUUUCAUUGGAAGACUUUUAGCUGCGUUUUCAAGAAUUCACAAUCCAUAAAAUGUUUGAUAACUCUCAGCAGCUCCUCACCCUCAGGAAACAAAUGGAUUUUCUGGUUUUAAAGUCAGUGUAUUCUUAAGGAUUCAAAGAUAGAGAUAAAUAAAGCCAGUGGAUUAGUGAACGGCACACACUGAUCUAGAUUUCCCGUAAAAACGAAGCGCUGUCAGGUUCAGAGGCCUUUUGUCCUUUGCUGCAUCGUCUAAUCUCCUAUGAGUUUUGAACACGCAUGCUGAGGGUUAUGAGAUAUAAAGCCGCAGGUCUUCAUCAUCUUCUCCCUCACAUCUUUAUGUAAUAUUUUGCACAAGCAGCUGAAAUGGUGUUUUGUAAGAGAUGAUACUUCAGGCUAUUCAUUAUCUGUAGUUAUGUGAAAAUGUUCUCAGAACACCUAAAUCUGAACUCGGUGGCAUGAGAUAAGAACACUGAUGCUUUUUGAUUUCAGUUAACUUCUCAGUUGCCUCUCUCUACACAUCAGGUUUCAGUGUCAGCUUCAGGGUCUUGCUCCGGGGCCGUCAGCAGGGAGGAUGCUUGCUGUCAUCAGCGGCUCUCAUCUUUACUUUAAUGUUGCUCCCAAAAGAUGCCACUGUACAGCCUGUGACUGCAUUCAAAACUACAAUGCAAGAUUUAGCUAAUGAAGAAUAAUUACCAUAGCAUUUUUAGAAAAUGUGGUGAUUAGUGUAGAUUUUUAAUGCAAUUAGGUGUAGCGGAAGCAUAUGGCAGUGUGUUGUUAGGAUGAUUUCUGUAGUCUUAGAUAUUAAUUAUGAACCGUCAGUUUCCCUCAUUUGUCCUUAAAGACUUAUUGUCACUUAGGGUGACUAAUCUCUCUUUACUAAGCUUUAGACAUAAAAGAAAACACACGCAGAGGUUUACAAAAAAAAUAUCAUGGUGCUUAACUCUUGAUACAGCAGCUUCUGCAAGAUCCCUCAGCCGAUAUGUCCCUGUUUAAAAUUAUGACAAUGUUUUCAGACUUCAUGUAACGACAAGGCUUGUGUUGAUAAUAGCUAAAAAAAUGAUUUUUGUAUACUUAAGUGUGUCAGUGAGGUAGCUUGCUGUGCAUCAGUUACAAUUGCCUGUCUCUUGAGCAUUAGUAACCUCCUCAGUUU